GCGGCGACGGCGCUCGCGCCCCCCGCCGUCGACCCGGGCGCGGCCGGCGGCGCGGCGGGCGGCAAGGACGCCGCGGCCGCCGCGGCGGCCGCGCCCAACGGUAGCAGCGCCGCGGCGGCGGCCGCGCCGCCGGAGGGCGCGGGCGCCGCGGGCGGCGCGCCGCCGGGCGGCGAG